CCCAGCACUUCCCCCCGCAGGGGCGGGGCCGUGACGUCACGCCGGGCGCCGAGCGGCAGGGCGCCGCAGUGCGGGCCGGAGGUGCUGGCGGCUGGCGCCGAGGGGAGGCCUGCGCGCAGCUGCGUGGCCAAGGCAUGGUUCGCUUCGGGCUGACCGUCGUCCGGCAUGGAGAAACAAGAUACAACAAAGACAAGAUUCUGCAAGGUCAAGGAGUGGAUGAGCCACUCUCUGCAACUGGUUUCAGACAGGCAGAUGCUGCUGGUUUAUUUCUCAGUAAUGUGAAGUUUACUCAUGUCUUUUCAAGUGACCUCCUUCGAGCAAAGCAGACUGCUGCCACAAUUCUAGGGAAGAAUAACUUCUGCAAAGACUUGGAAAUCAAAUAUGAUGCAAGACUUCGAGAGAGAAAAUACGGUGUUGCAGAAGGAAGGCCUCUGACUGACCUGAAGGCUAUGGCAAAGGCUGCUGGAGAGCAAUGUCCUUCAUUCACACCUUCUGGAGGAGAAACACUGGAUGAAGUAAGAGAACGUGCAAAGGAUUUUUUUGACUUCCUGUGUCGGCUCGCUGUUGAAUUGGAACAGAAAGAGCAAGACGUGGGUGCUGCAGCAAGCAGAAGCUCAGAAGCACUUGGAGAACACUCAGGUUUCCCUUGGACAAACCACUGCAGUGAAACAGAACUUAGCUCUGAUGGAGCUUCUCAGACAUUAGAUGCCAAUAUAUUAGUGGUGAGUCACGGAGCCUACAUGAGGAACUGGAUUGGUUAUUUUGUUUCAGAUCUCAACUGUACUUUACCGACAGAUUCAACAAAGUCUCAGUUGUCUUCUGUCAGUCCAAAUACAGGAGUUAGUCACUUCAUUGUGAAACUUGAAAAUGGAAACGUGUUAAAACCUGAAAUCACAUGUGUUUGUCUUAAUCAAGACUCUCACUUGGUGAAUGUGGGAGCUGAAUGUGUUGCUCCAAAAGUGUUUUAAGAGUCCUUGUAGGAGCGGGUUGGUUUAGAUGACCGUUAUGCUAAGCCAGGGAAAGGUAUCUGUAGUAGUUACUUGAGAUAGACUGGAGUUACUUGACACUAAACUGCAAAACUGAAGGCAUACAACUGCUUACCAUCCAUACCACAAUUUGCAUGGUCCUUGUGCCCAGUAUCAGUUGGCACUAGGGAAAUAACACAAAUGUUUCUGGAUACUUCCAGUCACUUGCAUAUCUACUCCUGCAGUGCAUAUUUCUUAAAACUUCUUUUCAAUAGACCAUAAUUAUUUUGGUUAUCUCCAGAUAAGGGGAGGAGAGAGGAAUAGUACCUCUGAUGUGAGGUAGACUGUAUUCUUGUUUUAUUACAAAAUGCUGUAUUGUAAUAUUCAAUAUAGAUUGGCUUGAAAGAAGCUUUUGAAUGCAAUAGGAGCAUUGCCUAGUGGGAAAGGUUGGGUGCAGAGUCAGGGGAUAUAUUCCUGCCUCUGCUCCUUGAGUAGCUGUGAGACUCUGGGCAAAUCUCUUCCAUUUCUAAAAUGGGAAUGAUGCUAUACCUACCUCACAGGAGUGUCUUGUAAGAAGUUGUUAGUGUUGUUGAGCCUUCUCUGUUGAAGACAAAACCAAAAGUAUUUAUUUUUAACUGUAAGCAGGAUGAAGAUUCAGAUGCACGUAGCUGAAAUAAAUCUCUCUUCUGAAAAGGAGCCUUAUCGAUAGGGGGGGAGUUGUACCUGACUAGAAUCUUUUGUUCAGCUGCAGUCAUACACUUGAUGAAUGUUUGCCUAGAAUUAGGCAAGUUUGAUUGAUUCAGAGUUGUUUAUAGCUGCCAGUAGUGCUGAGUUCUUUCUCCACUGAAGUGUUUGUGGUGUGACUCUGGAAGCUUAUCUGUGUUAUUUAUGUAACAUCCACACACUUUUUCUUCAUUUGCAUCUUUUAAGCUUGUUUUAAUAAAGCCUCCUGGAUGGAAUUCCAUUUUGUCUGGUUUGUGGGGUUUUUUUUUGAAGUAAAAUAGUCUUUGUUAAUAUUACUCUCUGAAGCUUUGCUCAAGCCAUGCACAUUCCUGGCUUGUUUUUUUUCUAAGUGGAUUUUGGUUGGUUUGGUUGGUUUGGUUUUGUCUUUUUCUUUCCUUCUGAAAAAACCCAGGCUGAUCUUCUACUGUGGAAAGAAGAGCCCUUUUUAGGGCUUAUGGAACAUUGUUGCCAUGACUCUUCUUUGGAAAGAAGAGUCACUGCUGAUGGUGAAAUGUUAAGGAUGUCCUUAAACAGCUUGCAACUGUACACAAUUAACUGAUUGGAGUUUUUGUAAUAUAAUAACAACAAUAAAAAAUUACACUGUUCUGUGUA